AACGCUACGGGAUCGCAAGCGGUUGUGGUGACCAGAGGCUCCUGGUUCAAUUUCACCUUUCGCGGUUCCGACGAUGACAGUGUUGCCGGGACGUCCGUAUCUUCCAUUUCGUCCACGUCGUCGACGACGCUGGAUUACGAAGUGCAAAGCAUCGGCCUUCUCAUUCCGAUGGGUGUCAGCCUGUACGCUUUGUGCAUCAUGACCCUGGUUGGAAAUGCUAUGGUGCUGCACGCUAUUCGAACAGAAAGGAGGUUGCAAACGGUGAGCAACAUGUUCAUCAUGAGCCUGGCCAUCGCGGACCUUACCGUCGGCCUCAUCGUCAUGCCCAUCAGCUCCGCUUAUGCCAUUACCGGCACCUGGCGCUUUGGACUGUUCGUGUGUCAAUUCUGGCUCUCCGCAGACUACACGGCCAGCACGGCUUCCAUCCUCAACCUUCUCAUCUUGAGCCUGGACCGCUACUGGUCCAUCCGUUCUCCAUUGAAAUACAUGCGCAAAAGGACGAAAAAACGUGCUCUGUGCAUGAUCGCCGUCGUCUGGGCUGUCUCCGCUAUGUGGAUUGUGCCCAUCAUUGGGUGGCACCACUGGCACUCCAACGGUAUUCGUCAGCAGCCGAAUGACGUGUGCGAGACUGAAUUCGCGGCUAACAUACUGUUUAAACUUGCAACUUCUACGGCAAACUUUUACGUUCCUGUCCUUCUUAUGAUCUGCCUGUACGUGAAAAUAUACUACGAGAUCAAAAAACGAAGUAGGUUUGAAAUAGGGCAGUGUAACUCUGGAGGCGGCACCGUCGGUUCGGCCUGCGGGUCCAGUUACGACCUGUGCGCCACGAACAACAAUGGAAGCAGGCGCAAUGGCACUCCCCCUAAAAGUGUCGUCGUCGACGCCGGUGAGGCUAGACACGUCGUUGAAGUGCGACGUCGUCGCGUUAUCGACGACUACGAAGCGGAAGACGAAGGACUGGAAGACGAAGACGAUGAUGUCCGGUCGACCUUCUCGCGACAAAGCGCUGGCUCGACGGGAGAGGUCCGCUACAGACAUCUAGCGUUGUUGACGGUGAAACCAACCGCGAACCACCUUCGCCACCACGUUCAUCAUCAUCAUUCGGAAAAGUGUUUGCCUCAGCAGUACGAGGGGAUAACUGUUAACGUUGAGUAUGUGUCUGGUGACAGUGGAAGCGGCGGUAGCGAUAAGGACGUUGGGCGAGAGACUGCGAGAGUGUUUCGCAUCAAGACUGUGAUAGACGACGAAGGCCAGGAGGUGGUCGGGGAUGAUUCGCUCGACAGUUAUCGCUCGUGCGGCUCGACGGGAAGUCGCGGCAACGCUGUCAAGAGCGCCGCGAAAAAGAAGAGUAAAAAGAAGAAAAAGGCGGCGCAAACAUUCGAACCGUCCGUCAACCCGGAGACGGUGGAAUUGGAAAUAAUUCAGAAGGACCAUCACAAUAAAGCCUCCGUUCGUUCCAAGCGUAGUUGUUCUCAGAAAAGCAACCUGAAAUCGACGAACCUUCAGGGUGACAGAGGAACCGGUGUGCCAAAUUUGACGACUGCCUUGAGGAUGAGGGUGACCCGCAAGAACUUCGCCACGAACCUGCGUCAGCAGAAGAAGGCUGCGAGGCAGCUGGGUGUGAUUAUGGGAGCGUUCGUGCUGUGUUGGUUGCCGUACAUCAUAACCUUCAUCGUGACGGCGUACUGCGGCGAAUGCAUCAGCGCGAAAGUGCACACGGUCACCAUGUGGCUGGGGUACCUGAACUCGACGAUGAAUCCUUUUCUGUACGCGUUGUGCAACGCGAACUUCAAGCGCGCGUUUAAAAAGAUGUUCUGCAGGUCACCCGGGCCAUCGCUGUACUUCCCAUCGUCUGGCGGCAAAACGGACCAUUUGUUUGCGUGAGUGUCAUACGUGUUCGUUUCGAGGAUGAAUGAUGGGGAAUUUCAUAGGGGUCGUAGUGAGCAGUGGUGCCACUGUAGCGGUUCUCAGUGCUCUCUGUUUGAUCGUUCAUCAUGUUGAUUUUCGCGCAUUGUUUUCGAAUAUGGUGUAAGUACAUGCGUAAUAUCUACAUAUGAAUAUUUGAAUAGGUAGUACAGUCAAACUCCUUUACAACGAAACUCGGGGGACAGAAAAAAAAAAUUGCAGUAAAGGUAUUUUCUUUAAAAAGGAUGUCCAUUACUGGACCUAUAGGGCUCCAGCGGGACCGCAAAAAAAUUUGCUGUAGUGGUACUUUCGUUAAAAAGGUGUUCGCUAUAAAGGAGUUUUACUGUAUUUAUUAGUUUAUUAUUGUUAUUAAGUUAAUAAUGAGCACCGUGAAAGACAAAAUGCACAUCUUUUUGGAAGAUAUUGUGGCGCCACCUAACGCCGUUCAGCUAAGGAUCGCCUGCUCGUGACAGUCUCUUCUGCUGCGGCGUCGCAUAUAUGGUCUGGCUUAUGGUUUGAACUGCACCAUCAGCACUUAUACGUUAGCAUGUGAUCUCACUCCCGGCCUUUUGACUCAAAAUACGAUGAAAAAAAAAGGCUCUGUGAUCAAAACCCUUGCACCGAGUAGAUUGGAGAUAAUAAUACCGUGAUUGGGUGGACUCCUGCUCGAGCUGAGCGUCAUGGUCUCGUCUAGUCUCCUUGCGUCGCUGAAGCCGACUCCCAUCUCGUUACGAAGGCCGUGGGGAGCUUGCAAAGUAAAGUAAGCGUGAAUCAUUUUAGUCAUACGAUAUUUACGAUUACUGCUGCAGGCUCCACAGGUGCGUAACAGUUACUUGAGACGUUACA